UGUGUGUGCGUGCUACACUGCUGGCAAAGGUUCUCCCCUUAGGGUGGGGAUUGGGAACUCGAACCCAGGUCCUUGAGCAUUGUAACAUGUGUGCCCAACCAGGUGCGCCAUCACCGGGCCCCUAUCUUCAUUUUCUGGGUCACCCUGGCAAGCCUCAGGCAUCAAAGUCCUCUGGGGUACCCUCUCUCCCAUUUCUUGGCCCCCUACAAAAAAAAAAAAAAAAAAACUGAAAUCAGGAGCUUGGAGAAGGCCCGCCCCAGAAUGUAUAAGCCCCGCCCCAGAAUGUAUAAGCCCCGCCCCAGAAUGUAUAAGCCCCGCCCCAGAAUGUAUAAGCCCCGCCCGGUCACGCCCACAAGCCACUGGCCACGCCCCAUCCCUCGAGACCCAAUUCCCCGCGCGCAGGACCUUAACUUCAGAUGAGUGACAGGCGGCGCUGGGCUAGUCCCGCCUUGGCCUUUGCCACUUACCGGAAGCGGAAGUUGCGGCGACAUUUUUUGUCCUGCUUCCGCGUUCCAGAAAUCCCAGGCUUCUUUCAGCCAGGUCCCAGGUGGGGAGCAGCCAGGACCCAGGAGCAGCCCCCCAGCACCUCCCCUCCCAGCUGCGCCCCCCCGCCAGAGCCGAGGCCGCCGCCUCCCAGCCCAGACCAUGGAGAGAUCUAUGGGGACGGUGUCUUUCGAGGACGUGACGGUGACCUUCUCCUUGGAGGAGUGGCAGCUCCUGAGCACCGCCCAGAGGACCCUGUACCGGACGGUCAUGCUGGACACCUACAGCAGCCUGGCGGCCCUGGGGCACUGCGCGGCCAAGCCCGGGGUGAUCGUCAAGCUGGAACAAGGAGCAGAGCCGUGGAUGGGGGCACAAGCUCCCCCCCGGAGCCUCGCAGGUGUGGACCAGAGACUCAAACCUGGGUUGUUGAGCAUUGUAACAGGUGUGCUCAACCAGGGCACUGCGCGGCCAAGCCCGGGGUGAUCGUCAAGCUGGAACAAGGAGCAGAGCUGUGGACGGGGGCACAAGCUCCCCCCCGGAGCCUCGCAGGGCACUGCGCGGCCAAGCCCGGGGUGAUCGUCAAGCUGGAGCAAGGAGCAGAGCCGUGGACGGGGGCAGAAGCUCCCCCCCGGAGCCUCUCAGGCCAAGACAGACAGACAGAACAAAGCAGAGGGCAAGGCCGGGGCUCGUCCUGCCCAGACGAGUUGAAGGAAUGGGGAAGCUCCCUCUUGGAGAAACCAACACCGCGGACUCCGGAUGGAAACCGUGAAGGUGACUGCCAGACACAGGUUCAAGACAGGCGCCAUCGCCACCCAGAACGGCCCCUCUCCGACUUUCCCUUUCCAGGACGGGGCAAGGCCCGUGACGUCACAUCAGCCGCGGACCAGAAAGAGACCCAGCAGAGCCAGCGGUCGGAAGCCUACACGCUGACGACGUGGGAACACGGCGACUCUAACGGAGGUGGGACGACCCCGACCCCGACCCCGAAGGCCCCCAAGGGGGAGAAACGCCACCAGUGCCAAGAAUGCCCCAAAAGGUACUACCGGAAGUCACACCUGAGCCAACACGUCAAAACGCACACGGGGGACAAACCCCACGCGUGCGCCGCCUGUCCCAAGACCUUCUACCAGAAGUCGGAGCUCAACCGGCACCUGAAGACCCACACGGGCCAGAAGGUCCACGAGUGUCAAGAGUGCGAGAAGACCUUCUACUGGAAGACCCACCUCAAGGUCCACCUGCGGACCCACACGGGCGAGAAGCCCUACGAGUGCCCCCAGUGCGCCAAGAGGUUCUGCCAGUUAUCCAGCCUCAAAAUCCACCUGAAGAUCCACUCGGGCGAGAAGCCCUACCGGUGCCAAGAGUGCGAGAAGACCUUCUACCAGACGUCGGAUCUGAAGAAACACCUCAAGACCCACUCAGGCGAGAGGCCCUACGAAUGCGGGGAGUGUGGGAAGACCUUCUGCCGGAAGUCCAACCUGGACGUCCACCGGAAGACGCACUCGGGCGAGCGACCCUAUCGGUGCAAGGAGUGUGAGAAAAGCUACUGUCAGCGGUCGGACCUCCGAGUCCACCUGAAGACGCACACCGGGGAGAAGCCCCACGCGUGCCCGGAGUGCCAGAAGACCUUCUACCAGAAGUCGGAACUCAAAAGCCACCUGAAAACGCACACGGAGGAGCGGCCCUACGGGUGCGCCCAGUGCCACAAGACCUUCCGCUGGAAGGCCAGCCUGAACAUCCACCUCAAGACGCACACGGGAGAGAGGCCCUACCAGUGCGCCCAGUGCCAGAGGAGCUUCUCGCAGAAGGUCACGCUGGUCACGCACCUCAAGACGCACACCGGGGAGAAGCCCCACGCGUGCCCCGAGUGCCCCAAGACCUUCGCCCGCAAGGCCUCCCUCAACAUCCACCUGAGGAACCACACCGGCGAGAGGGCCCACGAGUGCGCCGUCUGCGGGAAGACCUUCUCUCAGAAGUCCAUCCUCAAAGUCCACCUGGAGAUCCACAAGGCCGAGAGGCCCUUCGAGUGCCAAGACUGCGAGAAGACCUUCUACAAGAAGACGGCGCUCCACAUCCACCUGAGGAAGCACACGGGCGAGAGGCCCUACGGCUGCCAGGAGUGUCCCAAGGCCUUCUACCAGCAGUCCGACCUCAAGAAACACCUCAAGAUCCACACCGGCGAGCGACCCUACGAGUGUCCCGAGUGUCACAAGACCUUCUCCUGGAGGUCCAAUCUCAACGUGCAUCUGAAAACCCACACGGGGGAGAAGCCCUUCCAGUGCGCCCAGUGCAAGAAGAGUUUUACCCAGAAGGCAACGCUCAAGGUGCAUCUGGAGAUCCACAGGAGGAAGACCCUGUGAAUGGCAGAAGGGAACAACAAAACACAUACACACACACACACACACACACACACACACACACACACACACCCCACCACCACCACAACAAAAACAGUAAAGGUUCUCUCAGAUGUCUGUUUUCACACACACCACAAUAACAACAGCAAACAGUAAAGGUUCUCUCAGAUGUCUGUUUUCACACACACCACAAUAACAACAGCAAACAGUAAAGGUUCUCUCAGAUGUCUGUCUUCACACACACCACAAUAACAACAGCAAACAGUAAAGGUUCUCUCAGAUGUCUUUUUUUUAAUGUAUUUCUUUACUGGGGAAUUAAUGUUUUACAUUCAACAGUCAACACAUCGUCUGGACAUGCAUCACAUUUCCCAGGUUUCCACAGAACAAUACAACCUCCACUAGGUCCUCUGUCAUCCUUCUUGGAUCUGUAUUCUCCCCACCCCCUCACACACCCCAGAGUCUUUGACUUUGGUGCAGUACGCCAGUUCCAAUUCAGGUUCUACUUGGGUUUUCUUUUUUUUUUUUUUUUUUUUCUCUCGGUGUUGACAUCAAACUUUAUUUUAAACGAUUUUAUAGUUUUAACACUUGACCAGAAAGAUGUGGGAAGAGGAAGGCAGAGCAGGAUGGGGGAGAAGACAUGGGAUUGAGCGAUGGGAUGGCACUGUACACAGUUGCGCUUGUCUUAAAGCUUGAAGAAUGCAGGGCAGGUAGCUCCUGGUAGAAUUACAUCCAAGUACUUGUG